AUGGAAAAUAAGGAAAGAACCUCGUCUUCUACUCAUCUUUCUACCUCGGACUCACUGAAACAGGCAGAAGAUGCUCAAGCUCAGUUGGCCUCGGACACGGCUAACACCCUGAGCCUCGAAUCCACCGCUUCAGAAGCUCCUGGACUCCUUGACAAUAUCAUCAAGCUCAAGAAAAAGAAAAAGAAAAGCAAAAAGUCCAGAAGCAAGCGUGGCCUGUAUGAGACUGAGCAGGUGAUAUACAACCCUCGGAUUGAGGAUGCCUUGCAACGCUACCAAAAUAAUCGCCGCCUCGAGAAUUUCCGCAGGGAUAUAUUUCUGAAAUACUUGGCCUAUGGGGGUGUGGACGUCUCUCCGAGAAUGUUUGCAGGCUCCGAUCAAAAAGACCUCCAGGACCUCGACAGCGAGCAGAUCCUUCAGGCUAGAACGCAGACCAGCAUCCCAAGGGACACAGCAAACCUCACCAUCGACUUUGAUACGGUGGCUCGGGGCUAUCUGACUUCCUACUUCCCAUCCUACUUCAACCCCGAGACCGAAGACAUGGUCAACCUGGGUACGGUCACCAUUCGCAACUUUCUGUCCUACCUACUUUAUCAUGAGGUCUGCCCAGAAUACAAGGACAACAUUGAACAGGCCAGGAAGUCGUGUGACGUCGCCGCUACGGAGCUUUGGAAGAACCAGCAGUUCAUGGUCAAAGGGCCCGGCCAUUUCAAUAAAGCCUGUUCUACGCUCUUCGGAGGCCACCUCUAUGAAUGUUACACUGAGGAAGACGACGAAGAGCGCUCGUGGGCGGACGGUCCUCCCAUGACUAGAGAUGUGGCGCGCAAGGUCGUGAAAUUCGCCCUCGCCGGUGCGGGAACAGAUCAACUGGCUGUUGACUUCCGAGAUUUAGCUCAUACAGAUGAAUUAAUAUCCAAACGUGUAGAUGAUAUCCACGGCUUUGAGAUUAUGGUUAUUCAUCCUCCGAACGAUACUGUCCUUGACUUCUACAAAAUGUACGCCCCCGACCUCGUUCCUGUUGGCCGCAUCACCGCGAUAUCCUACUGGGACCCAGCAAGGCCGUCAUGUGAUAUGACCCCGGAACAGCGGCAGCAAGCCAUGAUGCCGGUCAUUUUCAUUUUCUAUGUGGAGCAACCUCUCUUGCAACUCUGUUAUCCGGGUAUGAAGGUGAUUACACCGGUGUGGAGGAUGAACUGUGGGCUUGACUAUUUUGAAGAGACCUUCAACGUCUACGGCACCAUCUACACGGUUCUUGCAAAUGACCUUAUGCUGGGGUGGAAGAAACCACGGCCGGUGAAGAACACUGCGGACGAAGACGAAACGGAGGCCGAUGAGGAUGAUGCUUCUGAGCAGAGUGAUGAGAUCGCGGAUGUGCAGGAUGUACUCUAA